ACCCUGGACAGUAGACCCCUGUAGGGGGGCGAGGAUUACCCUGGACAGUAGACCCCUGUAGGGGGGCGAGGAUUACCCUGGACAGUAGACCCCUGUAGGGGGGCGAGGAUUACCCUGGACAGUAGACCCCUGUAGGGGGGCGAGGAUUACCCUGGACAGUAGACCCCUGUAGGGGGGCGAGGAUUACCCUGGACAUUGCAUCACCAUGGGGAACAACGUCCACAAGAACAAGAAGAGGUUCCCCGCAGCUCGGAACGGACCCAAAGGUUCUGGUCCUAACCCCAAACAAAACCCCCGCUCAGGCUCUAAACAUGGUGCUACCCCCUUCCCCAUCCCGGGGAAGACCAAAGCCUUCUGGCACUUUGGGUGGGUGGAUAAACUGAAAACAGCUGGUCCUAAGGGUCAGGAUGAGCAGAAGAGGUUGACAGUUCACUACACAGCCUCCUCCUCACACUACCAGGAGAAUGUGUUCAUCGAGGGCAGUCGCCCUCAGUACCUAGAGGAUCUGCACACUGAGGCACGGGAGGGGUUAAAGAUACUGCAACAAGAAGAAUAUAAUAAUGGAGUGGGCUUUCAGGAUGACCAGAGUGGCGUCUCAGGACAGGAUGUCAGCUCCAACCACUGGGAUGGAUGUCAGGAGUCCGGAAGCACCGCCGGGAAUUCUGUUACUGCGGCGACCUCCGCUGUAUCGUCAGCCAUGUCCACGAGACCCGUGAUCACGCGCCAAGGCUCCACGUUCAAGCCUCUGAACCCAGUGAAAAGACUAGAGAAGAAGAAGAACAGGAGCAGGAGGACAACCAUCAUGGGCAUACCCCAGCAGGUCCAGAGAGAGCUGGACCUGCACAGUGGGUCUGCGUACCAAGUUCCUUCCAAGCUCCCGAACGGCUCUGGAGGACAAGGUAGUGACAGCCAACCAGAUGUGGUUGUCAUCCCCACCAUCGACGGAGAGACCCCUCUAGUCAACCACGAUGGAGCUAAGGCAUCCAGAGAGGAACAGCUGUUGAGACACCACCUCCAGUCUGUUUACAGGGACGACCAGGGCUUCAGGCACCACAGGGGACUGGACUCUCGUCUCUCCUCCACCCAGAGGCCCAGAUCUCUGGCCGUGCCGGGCACGACCUCCUCUUGCUCCGUUGGAUUCCCCAACUUCCUCCAGGAGCCACUUGGUCCGGUGAUGUCCAUCUCUCCCCAGGCCACCUACCUGUCUAAGAUCAUCCCCAACGCCUACCUGCCGGCCUCUGUCGACGUCAUACAGAUUGACCGCAGAACCAGCCAUACCAAUGGAAACAAUGGGAAAGGAACGGUCCACACCGUCAGCAAGAGCAGCCCGGCAUCUGUGUCGUCAGUAAGCCCCGCGUCUUCGAGGAGGUCGGGUGGCGAUGGUUGCUAUGAUGGCGGCGAAGCCCUUUCCCAUGGUGACAGUAGUUUCCGUGACAAUGGCUCUACGGCGACCACACGCUCAGCGACUUCGGGAUCCGGCUGGAGCCACUCGCAGUCUUCCGAGAUGAUCAAGUCCAACUCCUCCGCCAUCUCCUCCACGAAGGGGAGCUUCGGACCUGCUAACUCACAGACAGUGAGCCUCGUUGGGCAGGAGAGACUGCUGCAGCAGCCUGGUGCUGGGGACCAGGACCUGGUGAGCCUACAAAGCUCAGCUAGCUGGGUCAGCAGCACCAGUAAGGUUACUGGUACUGCAACUGCUCAGGGGGGACCUGAGUCGGAUCUAUCUGGGCCUGUCAGUGCUGGGGAGAUGAGCGAUGUUGGAGACUCUCAUAGAUUCUCUCGCAGUCUGUCGGUCAUGAAGACCAAGCUGCCCCCGGCUCCCCCCAGGAGAACCAACUCCCUGCACCAUGAGGAGAUGAUAAAGAGGCGACUGGUGGAGAUUAAAGACCUCAGUGACUCUGUGGGUGGGGAGGUGGAGACUGCGGAGGACACAAGCUUGGUUACUAUCGAGAUCUCUAAAGAGCUCUACAAAGAUAUCACAAAGAGCUCUAUCCCUGUAUCCAACUCAUUUGCGUUUAACUCUUUAAAUGGUACAAGAUCCUCCACAGCCUCUAAUCCUCUGAGUCCCACACAGCCCCACCCUGGUGGUAGGCCAGGGUCCAUCAGCUCUUCCCCACAGAAAGCUCCCUCAGAGGGAGAUACAUUUGAAAAGACCAUUUCCCCCUCCAGUGGGUACUCAACGCAGAGUGGAACGCCGACGCUCUCCCUCAAGGGGAUCUGCCCUUUCGCCUCGCCAGGUAAACACCAGAAGAUGCCGGUCAAACCGGAACGUUCCGGUUCAAGAGCUUCCUCCUCGGCAGCCUCUAUCUCGUCUUCCCUCAACUCCCUGUCUUCAGUCACCUCAGAACACGUCAAUCAAGAGGCUUCAAAAAACAUCCCUAGCACACCCCAGCAGGCCUCCCCACCACCUCUAAGGACAACAGAAAAGCAACCAACGGUGACCACGGUGACCCCGACCCGUUGCUCUGCAUCCAUGGCGAUCAGAGAGCUGCUUAACAUUCCGCCACCCCCCAACAUCAAAGCCCCUUCCCCGCCACCCCCGGAAACCUGGGUCCACAACAGACACACCUUCGAACUGCUGUGCGGUCCUUGCCCCAACGUCAACAGGCUAGCACAGCUCCAGAGGCAACAGGAACUAAAAGAUGAAGCUGACAUCAUUAAGCAAAAGCAGGAACCUCGAACUGAAGCUCUUUGCGAAGAGCCUCAAGGCUCAGAUGAAAAGCAGGCUACCGUAGAGGAAGUCCCUUUGAUAAAAUCAGAAAGCAAAUACAUUGUUUCGAAAGAAGAAACUGAGCCUACGCUAGAGCAGGUGUCUGAGGUAUCCGAUUGUGUUAGUCAGGGAGUCGAGAGCACAGAAAGUCAAACGAAAGAAAAAGGAAGUUCGGCGAUGAUCGCAGAGAGGGUAGAAGCAUGUGUAGAGGUCCAGAACCAGAACCAAAACCGGGAGCAGAGUAGUAGUAGUAUUGUACAGGUCAAGGAUCAAGAAGAGAGUCUGGAGACACAAGUUAGUUUAGCUACGAUUCCAAAGAAGGAACCCCCUCCUGUCAUGAAGAAAAGUACUCGUAGAAAAGAACCUGUAGUUCAAGUAACAACAGACAUUCAAAAAAUGUUGCCAUUUGAUGAGGUCACAGUAGAGGAGAAGGUAGAAUCUCCCAGCGAGAGUGAGAAGUGUUCCCUACAGGCGGAGGUAGAGGUGGUAGCUAAGGAAGUUGAGGUUGAGGUAGUUGUUAAGGUAGUUGCUAAGGAAGUUGAGGUAGUUGCUAAGGAAGUUGAGGUAGUUGCUAAGGAGGUCGAAGGUCAGAGUGCUACUGAAAACACUACAGAGGAAAGUCCCACUAAACCAGAGGCAUUUACACAGACCCUUGCCAUGGAGCCUCCCAAAGUGGACAGGGUCUCUCCUCCAGCAUCUCCUCCCCCUGCCCACCACCCUCCUCCACCCCCUUCUAAGACGCCUCCCUCCUUAGUGUCCACUCCCCCACCCGAGGUAGAGGAGGAGUGUGAGGAAGAGAUUCCCAUAGUAGAGCCCUGCUGGCCCCCUCCACCCCCACCAGAGGAGCCGGCAGAUUCAGUCUUUGAUGAGCCAGAUGAGAUGGACUUUCCACCUCCUCCCCCUCCCUUCAUGACGGAGAGCUUGCCAGAUGUAGUGGAGAGCUGUAACACAGUCACUGAUGUCCAGGAGGCGUCCAUUGUGGCUCUGGAUGUGGAGGAGGUUACGGAAACUGUGAAUGGAGCAACUGUGGCUUGGGCGACUGUGAAUGGGGAAACUGCAGAUCUGUCACCCAUUCCGGCUCAAAUGGAGAUGAAGGAGGAUAGACCUGAAGAGGUGAUUCUGAAUUCUAAUGCUGUUCCAACUGAUGAAACCGGCUCCGAGGUAUCGGAAUCAGCUGAGCUCCAAACAAUUCCCGCAAAUGAGUCAACUGUCGUUUCUCCAGUUCAGCCCAAUAAGAAAGAGGCAGAGGUCAAGCAAUCUGCCCAGCAGCCAAUCACAAUGCAGGAAGCAAUAACUCAACCAACACAAACUUCUCCUCGGUCACAUGAAGUCCUGGCUCUAUCAGAGGAUGUCCCUCCCCCACCCCAGGAGGCUCCUCCCUCACCACCAAUGAAAACAUCCUUGUUGCCCCCCCUCAAGUAUCUCUCCUCCAUCUCUUAUCAGUGUCCCCUUCCCUUCCCCUGUACAAUGUCCCACCUCUUCUCCCCCCUCCCAUUUGAGAACCAACCCCCUGCCAGGAGACAGCUCAGCUUGGUGAACAGAGAGACCAGGAACACAGAGCAUCUGUCUAGGCACAACAGUGUCCCCAUUCCCAAAGAAGACGCCAACAUUCCACUGGUCACACCCUCUCUGCUUCAAAUGGUACGUCUCAGAUCGGUCGACGUCAGUGAAGACCAGAUGAAAACGCCUUCCGACAACAACAAUAAUUACAACAAGGGGAAUCCACCUGCUCACGAUCAGAGUCCAAUCCCAACCCAAACCCCUGGAUCCCAGAACACAACACCCCAAAAACCAAUCCGGAAAUCCCCAUCUAUAAAAUCCACACCUUUGUCAUUGAAGUCAUCAUCACCGUCGAUCAUCGCCCCCUCGAUGCGCUUGCAGGAAGCUAUCCGCAUGAAGACAGCGGCCAUGUCUUCCAGAGAUGGUCUUCUAACGCGCUUUAGAAUGCCAUCCUCCACCUCAUUCCCCAGUAGCAGUGGUGGUGAAUAUGAGACGUUAUCCCCAAUGUCACCAGAAGGGGGCGACAUGCUAAAGUCCCCCGCUUCCACUGCUAGCUUCAUCUUCUCCAGGAGCUCAAAGAAGGUCGUUAUAGAAACGCCUGUCGCCUCUUCCUCCCCCGAGAUGCAGGCGAGCCUUCAAAAGAACCUAGCCGCCGUGCUCAUGAAGGUUUCCGACCAAUCGACGGCUUCCACGGUCACUAACGGCAACGCUGGAAGAACCGGGAUUCCGAGGAGGGUUCCACCACCCGUGGCUAAGAAACCAGUUCUUCCAGUGUUGCCGUUAGCGACCUUGGAGAAGACUGUUUUUUCUAGAGUGACGGGUGGUUCUCAGAGUGAGAGGAGCACUCCGUCACCAAGGGGAACAGAAGCUAACGAGGAGACAGAGACGGUGCGACCUGCGGGCCAGAAAGCACUGACAGAGGACCACAAUACAGCAAGUAAAAUGGAGACGUCUAGCAUUGCAGAAGCACCGAUGCCCUUGUGAAAAAAAGACUGCUUUGUGUGGACUGAACUUUUGUGGAUUGGGACUAAGACGGAGGAACAAAGCGACAACUGCAAGACCCAGAGAGACAGAGAGAGAGACAGAGAGAGAGAGAGACAGAGAGAGAGAGAGACAGAGAGAGAGAGACAGAGAGAGAGAGAGAGAGAGAGAGACAGACAGAGAGAGAGAGAGACAGAGAGAGA